UCUGUGACAUAAAUGGAAGUGAUCGUUUUCUGAAAGGGAAAUAUCAAUAAUGGUGUAUUCUACAAAUAAUAUGCGAUUGGCGAUAAUAUUUUAACAAUAUUUCGCUUAUAAUUUAUUUAAAGCAAUAAGAAUGUGUGAUGUUUGUUCUGAGUUUUCACAGCUUUUGAUUAACUGUGAAACAAGGUUGACCGAUGAUGUGACUCAAUAUCCCAGUAUAACACAGCCAGAGCUCGAAACAGUUCUAAACUACAUACUUACUUGGCCGCAAAGACAAUGUAUGUGUUGUUAUAGAGAUGUUAAAAAUUUUGAAAGAUUUUACCUUGUGGUGCAAAGUAUACUUUGUUCAUCUGUAUGCCAACUGAAACUUUUGAAAGAUGAACUUGUUACUUCAGAAAAAUCUUCAAAUGAAAAAGUCGAACAAGGUAGUUCAAGUACAUCAAACAACAAAGAUGAUAAUACAGAGAAUGAGCCCAAAACACCCUCUUCUCAGGAAGAACCUGACAAUGAGAGCAAAAGCACCAAACAACCAACAUCAAAUUCAGAGUAUGACGGGUGGCAUAUGCAGCAAAAAGAAAAGCUUAUGCAUAUUGUGUCAAAGAUAUUUCUACUUAAUUUUCCAUUGUACUUAGCCUGUAAACAUUCAGCUCUAAGUCGCUUAGAUGAUCUUUCAGCACAAGAGAUAUCCAACUUGAGUUCUUAUUGUGACCUCCAUGAUACAGAAAUUCCGGCAUAUCUGUUAAGAAAUGUGACACUAUUUUGUAAGUUAGGUGGAGUUUGUGCUAUGACAUCUGUGUUUGAAAAUGCAACAUCUAGUAACCUACCUCUGUCUAUGGCACAUGCGAUUGUAGCAGCUGUUGGUAAUUUGAAGCUUUGGCUAAACUUUAGAGCUGUGGCGCAACUGUUUAUGCCACUAAGAAGUAAAAUAUUAAAGUAUAUGUGCAGCUUAGAGGAUAAAGAUUUAAGAGCUAAUGCAGUAAAAUCAAUGGCAGAUUUUAUGUGGGGUGCAGCAAAAGAACCUUUGGAUGCUCCCCUAGCAUUUGAUGGUGAUGGCCUUGCAUUGGCGUUUAAAUAUUUUAAUAGUAGCACCUUAACAAUGAGAUUGGCUGGCGUGGCACAAAUUAAUGCACAUAUUGCCGCACACAAUGACCUGUGCGCCGGUGAGCCCACGGCUGAUGCGGAAGCAGCGGGACAGCAAUUGGCCUCAUGGUUGACAAAUAACAAUAUUAUAGAGCACUUGUUUGGACCUAACUUACAUGUUGAGGUAAUAAAACAGUCUCACAUGAUUCUCAAGUUUUUGGCUGUGGAAGGUCGUGUAACUCCCGAGCAUAUUGAGCUGGUUUGGGCCGCAGCACAACUGAAGCACUGUGGGCGUCAAGUGUAUGAUCUGUUACCAGGGUUUAUAAGAGCAUUAGCCCCAAAGCCCUGUGCUCAUCUCUACAGUUUACUAUGUGCAUUACCACCAAAGGAGCACACCGAACAGAGCUUGUACCUGGCAUCGGCCCUGAUGCGCGCGAUGUGGGCGCGUGGGGGGUGCGGCGCGGGCGGCUCCCCCGCCCCCGAGCCGCCGCCCCCGCGCCUCGCCCCGCCCACCGGCAAGCCGCACCAUCGCUCCUCUUCUGAGGCCAGCGUUAGUAUGGACCAAACUAACUCGGACGAUGAUCCUUGUGAAGAGCUUAGUACAUCUGGAGAAGAUGCCGGCCCCACACCAAGAAAACAGAGCAAACACCAGCGUGAGAUUAUUUUGACAGCUGAACAAGAAGCGUGGCUACGUUCAAACGAUGAUCUACCAAAAAAGGAAUGUUCUGCUCUUAAAGCUUGUCAGAAGCGUAGCAAACGCGCAGGCAGCAGCGGUAGUGGCAGCAGCGGUGCAGAGGAAUUACUUCGUCCGCGAAAAAAGAAACUAUACAAGAAAAGACAUAAGGGCAAAAGACAUUUGCCGGCCCCAAUUAAAGCAUCGGACUUGGCGGAAUCCGUUUCUGAAGUCGAGGAAGAGUCCUCCGGAAGUGAUACUGCGCACUGUCAACUGCUGUGUGAAAAUGUUGAUACAAGGCGUCUAAUGGAGCUGCGCCUGAUGGAGAGCUACAAGCGGCGGUCCGAGGAGGAGGGCAGCGCGUCGUCGGCGCUGUCGACGCACUCCGCGCCGCGCCUGCCGGACAUCGACGACGAUGACUCCGCCUGCGAGGAGGAGCUGGCAAGACUCGCCGCACAGGCGCAGUGCCUGACGGAGUACGGCGUGGGUGGGGGCGGAGGUGGGGGCGGGGCGUGCGGUGGGGAGGCGCGGCCGCCAUCGCCUGCGCCCGCGCCGCUGCCCUUCAACGUGGAUGACGUGUGCCGGCCCGGCAACACGCUGCUGUGGGAUUUGCUGCAGGACGGCGCCAUUGAACAAUUAGGAGAGGGCUUGGCGCUCGAGGCGGAAAAAGCACUGUGUGCUCUUUUAUGUUUCAGUACUGAUAAAUUCAUACGAAUCAAAUUUAUUGAGGGCUGCCUCGACAAUCUCGCAAACCAUAGAUCUGUAGCUGUAUCGCUGCGUCUACUGCCGAAGUUACUGUCCUCAUUUCAACAGCUACGUGGUAUGGACAUGCAUCAGGUGGUGAUGUGGGCGGAGCGAGAACGCGGUAUGAUGCGGCUGUUCUUGGAGGACCUACGUCAUUACGUGGAACAACGCGCGGCGGGCGUGGGUGGCGGGGCGAGUGGCGCGGGCGGGGUGGACGCACAGCAGUACGCGCACAUCACUGAGCUUACCGUGCGACUGCACUUCCUCACCGCCAUCUUUUCACCGGUCGGCUCGCCGCAAUACUUUAGAUUGACGGUAGACCAAGUCGAGGAGCUCUGGCAGUGUCUGGUGGUGCGCGGCACCAGCGAGUGCGCCGACUGCUUAUACUCGUGGCUUCUCUCUCAUACCAAGUCCCCCGAACAACACGCCUUAGGAUUAGACGCAUUACGCUUUCUCUACAUAGAAAAAAUGCCUACAUUAGAUCCCGAGACAAUAAGCAUAAUGGGCCUAAGCUUGUAUCAACAACUUUGUAACUUGGCGCGUAUGGCACUCGGUGCCGGUGACUCUAGAGACUCCGCUCAUCCUCAUACUUUAGCGAUGGACCACUUAUGGAAGAUAGCUUUAAGAGCGAACAGCACAGACGUAUCCAUGGGCGCUAUUCAGUAUUUAAACAGCUAUUACAUGGGACAACAGCUUCAACAGGAGGAUGAUUUUGUAUCUAAAUGUAUGUUCCACCUAUCGUCUGCGGCUGAACGACUCAUUUCUAAAAAUCAAGAGGGCGAAGGAUCAUCUACAAAUAAGGAUGCUCUCGAAGGCAAGGACCAGGAUAAGCCGUCAGAUAAACAAAAUAUUUACGAGCACAUGACAGAAGAAGCAGCUUUACAGUGUAUACAGAGAGCCCUGUUGUUAUUGAAAACUCACUUGGAUACAUUUAAAAGGAGGUACGCGUUUCACCUGCGGCGCUGGGCGCUGGCGGAGAGUGGGGCGUGGGAGGGCGGGGCGACGGGCGCGGGCAGUGUGCGCAUCACGCUGCAGCCGGCAGGGGCGGGGCCGCGCGCCUCGCUCUGCCUGCACCAGUCCGACUUGGUGGCGCAUCUGCGCGCACACGUACAUGUCUGGUGGGAGAGACAGAUACAAGGCGAAGAAGGCGUAACGUCUCUAUCAACGGAUGGUCCGUUGCGAAUGAUUACCCAAGGCCAGGAGCUGACGAUCGACUACGACGAAAGAACACUAUAUGAUAUGGGGUUUAAGGACAAUCAGCUGGUGUUCGUGUCGGUGGGCGUGGGCGCGCGCGGCGCAUGGGCGGAGUGGCCGUCAGCGCAGCCCGCACCGGCGCGCGCGCGCCUGCCCACGCACCUGCUGCUCGACCCCAUAUACUUCCACCAGCUGUUCACGCUCAUGCAGGCUCUGGGACAGAUGAAAGAGCCCGGCACGACUGGGGAACCCAUCGCCCACACUAAAGCGCAGCUUUUGUCGAGGCGUGUAUGGGAUAUACUUCAAGCGGUACCAUUGAAUCCCACCCUUUUAGAAGAUUUUCAAAACGUUACGGAGAAUAAGCUACCGGAACUCUUGGACCCGAGGAGUCCACAGAAGCUGAUGUAUUCUUUACAUAUCAUAGACAAACUGAGCUUGAACAGUGGUAGUCCAAAUGCCAAGGAAACUUCCGGAAGCUCUGACAAAACACAAAACGACGAAAAAGUGUCCGCUGAAAAUUGGAAUGAAUUGUUUAUAAAGAAAGGCGGGCUAAGAUUGCUUUAUGAUAUUAUGAUGUCAGGGGUGUUACAACGAAACGAUGACAGCGAGUGGAGGCAGGAUUGCUUGGCUCUCUUACUGCAGCUAUUGUGUCGCAUUGGCACUCUACCUACUACCGAGCUUGGGCAGACACCUAAAUUACAUCCGUCCCUUUUAUCACUUAUGAACGUGGAAGACACGACGGAGCGCUUAAUAUCGAUUCUCUGUGAGGCAGCUACAGUCAAAGAACCGGCGACAUACAAAACUGGAUUCUGGGGACGAGCACAGGUGGUACAGCAUGCGAUGCGCAUGUGCGUCGUGUGGGCUCGCGGCGGCGGCGGCGCGGCGGGCGCGCUCGCGUGGGCGUUGCGACGCGCCGCGCCCCGCCUUCUGUUGGAUGAUGCGGAUCCUGCGGUUCGUCGCGAGGCGGGCAGCGCAUUGUAUCGGCUAUGCGCGGGCGGCGAGGUGGGCGUGCUCACGCCACUACUGUCGCUGCUGCUGCAGCACCUGCCGCGCGCUGCCGACAUGCGUCCGCACGCCGCGCAGCCCAUGCAUCACCACGAGGUUGUUCACCAUCAUGCCGAAGAGGGCAAGGAGCCGUACGGGCCGGCGUGUCGGGACUACUUCUGGUUAGUCUGUAGACUGGUGGAUGGACUGCCAGAAGACUUUUUCAAGGAAGGCACAAUUUCGGACGACAGCGAUGCACCAGACUUGAACGAGCUGUGCGAACAAAUCCGAUCGUCUUUGGAGAAGCGCGAAAUUAUAGAGAAGCGAUCCGAGCCCUGCACUCCCGACGACGGACUCUACGGACAGCUCAGUCUGCUCACACAUCUUGUGAAACAUCCCUUGAGGUUCAAAACAUCCGAACAGGGCACAAGGACAAUAGAUAUGAUUUUCGGCUUUCUGUUCGAUGUGCCGAAUCCUUCGCAACGUAAUCUGCCGAAGUGCAAGUCGCAGAAGUCGCGGGCGGCAGCUUACGACUUGCUAGUAGAGCUUGUCCGGGGUGCGCCCGAUAACUACAUGGUGCUGCAUCACAAACUCAUGGAACAUCACAAACCAGGUCCGGCGUCGUGCUACCCUUGGGACUACUGGCCGGCGGAGGAGUCGCGGUCGGAGUGCGGGUUCGCGGGUCUGACGAACCUGGGCGCGACGUGCUACAUGGCGUCUUGCAUGCAGCACCUGUACAUGAUGCCGCAGGCGCGCGCCGCCGUGCUGCGUGCGGACCCGGCGCGGAGCCGACACGCCGCCACACUGCACGAGAUGCAGCGCAUGUUCGCGUACCUGCUGGAAAGUGAACGUAAAGCAUAUAAUCCCCGGAGCUUCUGCAAAGUAUAUCAAAUGGAUCAUCAGCCGUUAAAUACUGGAGAACAGAAAGACAUGGCCGAGUUCUUUAUCGACCUAGUCUCGAAACUCGAAGAGAUGACGCCGGAAUUGAAAAAGCUAGUCAAAAAUCUAUUUUGCGGCGUGCUGAGUAACAACGUGGUUUCGUUGGACUGCGGUCACGUAUCGCGCACGCUGGAGGAGUUCUACACGGUGCGGUGCCAGGUGGCGGACAUGCGCAACCUGCACCAGAGCCUCGACGAGGUCACCGUCAAGGACACGCUUGAAGGCGACAACUGCUACACGUGCUCGCACUGCGCUAGCAAAGUGCGCGCCGAGAAGAGGGCAUGUUUCAAGAAGUUACCGCGAAUAUUGUGUUUCAACACAAUGCGGUAUACGUUCAACAUGCUGACAAUGUUGAAGGAGAAAGUCAAUACGCACUUCUCGUUUCCAAUGAGGCUUGAUAUGUCCGGAUACGUAGAAAAACAUCUGAUGCCCGCUCAAUAUCAAGAGGAGAAGAAGAAAUCCGCAGAAUUAAAGAAAGACGGUGACAACGGUCCAUCUAGCCCCGAAAAUGAAGAUGAUGACGAUCAGGAACAUUAUGAGUACGAGCUGAUCGGCGUGACUGUCCACACGGGCACGGCGGACGGCGGGCACUACUACUCGUUCAUCCGCGACCGCGAGCACGCCGCGCCCGACCGCUGGCUGCUGUUCAACGACGCCGAGGUCAAGCCCUUCGACCCCGCCCACAUCGCCGCAGAGUGCUUCGGCGGGGAGAUGACGAGCAAAACCUACGACUCAGUGACUGAUAAGUUCAUGGACUUUUCGUUUGAAAAAACGAACAGCGCCUACAUGUUGUUUUAUGAAUUGAGUCCGCCACCCAAUAAACGGGGUUCAGAUAGCGGCCAGCAAGAAGAAGCACAGUCGUCCCGUGCGGAGGAGUCUCCGAGCGCGGCGCCGGAGCGGCGCGAGACGGCGGUGGCGGCGCUGCCCGCCGACCUGCUCGCCUGGAUAUGGGACGACAACAUGCACUUCCUGCACGACAAGAACAUCUUCCAGCACGCAUAUUUCACGUUUAUGGGUCAGAUGUGUAGUUCGGUGCCGCAGUCGCUGCUGACGCUGCGGCCGGAGAUCACGGAGGUGGCCGCACGACUCUCCACAUCCUUCUUCAUCGAAACUUUCAUACACGCAAAGGAGAAGCCUACGAUGGUGUCGUGGGUGGAGUUAGUGACGAAACAGUUCAACGCGUCAGCGGCUGCUUCCGAGUGGUUCCUUGGUCAUAUGGCAGACGACACCUGGUGGCCGAUGCAGGUGUUAAUAAAAUGCCCAAAUCAAAUGGUUCGGCAGAUGUAUCAGAGAUUAUGUAUGCACGUUAUCCAACGGCUUAGGUCUAGUCAUUAUAAUUUAUACCUGCAAGGUGACGAAGGUGAAGAUAGUAGUAAAUUGGGUGAAGCGAGCUGUGUUACUAGGUUUAUAAGAAUGUUGUUAUCUUUGAUGGACAGUGGUGCGAGGACACACUUACGGCAUUUGACGGAGUAUUUUAGUUUAUUGUAUGAGUUCAGUAAGAUGGGCGAGGAGGAGGGAAAGUUUAUGCUGCGAGUGAAUGCCAUAUCUAGCAUGGUCAAUUUCUAUCUAGGACAAAAUAAUACUAUUGUGGAAUCUCCUACGGACGAGGCGGGAAGCAGCGGCAGUGGUAGUGGCGGCGUGGAGAGCGUCGGCGAUAAACUACGUCCGGGCGCGCUCGACAAGAUGGUGGCGCUCGUGAGCGGGCUGGUCGAGAGAUCGCGCGACGCCGCCGGCCAGCUCGCGCUGGGAGACGCGGACGCGCGCGCACUAUUACACACUAAGGGAUUUCCGUUUAUUUAUCAGCAAACAAGGGACUGCUUAAACUUGCAACAAACGAGGUCUCUGAUUUUCGCUCUCUGUCGAUGGAACGAGCCGCUAGCUCAGAAAAUAGUAAAUAUGAUAUUUCAAGCGAUCGCUAAGCAUUCAGAGAGCUGCGGGCCGUUCUUCAAGCUGCUGACGUUGCUGGUGGAGGGUAGCGGCGGGGGCGGCGGCGCGGGCGCGGGGGGGCUGCCCUGCUUCACGCAGCUCGUGCUCGCGCGCCUUUGGGACGCUGCAGAUGUUUGCCCGCACGCCGCAUUAGAGUGGCUUGCUAUGCAGGUGCCGAGAAACAAGGCGGCGCACGCUUGGGCCUUACGCACGCUGGACCGGUGGGUGGAGCCACAACUACUCGGAGCGGGAGCGGCGCGCGUGCGGGCGGCGGCGGCGCUGCUGCUAGUCGCGCUAGUACCGUCGCAGCACUUCCGCGCCGGGUACUCGCGUGCCCGCCCCGCGCCGCACCCGCCACACCCCGCACACCCCACCCACCCAGCACACCCCGCACACCCCGCCAAGCUGCCCGACACCGCGCACCAUACGCUGCAUCAGGUGUACACGAUGUUGUUAAGCAAGCUUAAAGCUGCGCGAAAAUAUACAGAGAUCACUGUUCAUGGCACAAUGAAAUUGACAGCUUACUUCGGUGUGAUGUCCUACUGCCUAGUGAGCAGGGUGGAGAAAUUAAUGUUCGGUCAAUACUUCAACGACCUGUGGGAUCUGUAUCACCCGGCGAUAUCGGAGCCGUCGGUGGCGGUGCACCCCAACAAGCAGGCGCUGUUGACGUUCUGGCACGCCGUCUGCGUCGACUGCCCCGAGAACGUGCAGCUCGCCGUCUCCAGCCCGAGACUCAUUAAGCACAUCGCCUUCAAUUAUAUACUUGCGGAUCACGAGGAUGGCGAGGUGGUGGCGUACAACCGGUCGAUGCUGCCGCCGUACUACGCGCUGCUGCGGAUGUGCUGCCGGCGCUCCGCGGCGUUCGCGCGCGGGCUCGCCCAGCACCAGAACAUACACUGGGCGUUCCGUAACAUCGCGCCGCACGCCCACCUCUAUCCCGCCGCCGCUGAUGAGCUACUCAGGCUAGCGAGGAUACUUGCGGCGAGGGGAGGGAACACUUCCACCAGCACCACAAAUGACACGGCUGACGGACGGGAGGCCGCUGCUUUUCGCCGAAGCACGCUAUCUGCUUACCUACAAGGUUUGAAUGGUAGAACAUGUUGGACAACGUUAAUAUCAGCGUUUUGCACCUUAGUUGAGAAUGAAGACGACAGAUUGUAUGUCGUUUACAAUGGAGGUCUACAGAUGACGUUCGAGGCCCUGCAUAGUUUGCACGCUGUCUACGUAGAAGGCGGGGGUGGCAGCGGCGCAGGGGGCGGGGCCGUGCGUGCCGAGUUGCGUGCGGCGCUAAGAUGGGCGCGGGCGCUCUGCCGCACCCUUCGCACGCGCCGCGAUGCCAAGGAGGCUCGUGCGCUGCUUCUAGCGUGUAAGGACUGGCCCGAAUGUGCGCGUCGAUUGCUGACCGUGCUCAACCUGCACGCGCGUACUGCGCAUCUACCGCACGCUGCGCUGGGAGUUCUCCGUGAGCUGGUGCUGAUCGGCGGCGGCGCGGCUCUGGGCGCCCUGGUGCCGCUGGCUGCGGGCGCGCACGCCGCCGCGCGCGCUUCGGCCCGCCCUCGUGCUCGGCCCCCUGCUCAUUCUCUCGCCUCGCCGCCGCGUCACCACCUCUUCCGCCCGUAUCAUAAAUUUAUAGACACGUGCUGUCGGGUCGCGCGGAGUCAACGCUGCAUGUCCGAGCAACUGGUGUUGUUAUCCGCACUGUGCGCCUUGGAGGCGGUGCCUCUAAGGUUUAAUUAUUUCGCUGCUUUCUGGAGAGAUGUUGCUGCCACACCGGCUGAUUCAAAACUCGAGGAGAUGCUGCUAGAUUGCAGCGUGCUUUCUGAAUAUAUGGAUGCGAUUUUACUAGACGAGCGGGAGUGUUUAGAAGAUCCAGUUAUCUACGAAUUCAUGCAGCAUUACUAUCCAAAGGCGUGCGCGCGUGCGGCAGCGAACGGGGGCGGCGGCGGCGUGACGAGCGCGGCGGGGGCCGGGCGCGCGCUCGCGUCGCUCGCAGAGGAGGUGGCGGGCGGGGCCAGCGGCGCGCCGCUCAGCACGCUAUUGGGCGCAGCGCGCGCGCUGCUGCUACUCGGCGAGUGCGCGCCGCCCGCUGCGCCGGCGCUGCGCCGCGCCGCCACGGCUCUGCAGCACAGGCUUCUCGACACUCCCGAGGAGGAGAGCCCCAUCGUGGACGAGGAGCCGAGCGAGGCUCCGAGCGAGCCGCGGUGCGCGUCCGCCGACGGCAGCGACGACGAGCAGCUGGAGGAGCUGCCCGCUGAGCCGGAUGACUCCCCGGACGACGAGCCGCCACGAGCUCGCGCGCACGACCUGCUGCCGCAUCUCACGCGCGCGUUGCACGCUCUUCGCGCGCUGCACGCGCCCGACGCGCCGCCCGCGCAACCCGCCGUCGCGCCCGCCGCCGCCGCGCAGUGAUCGUAUUAAAGCGAUCGAUGAACUCGUUUUGUAGAAACUCGUGAAACUCCUAUCCCUCCGUUCGAACAUAAAGAAGCUUCGGCUAGGAAAAGAAUAUUCCAAUAAAGACAUAAGUGCUCUAAUGUGAUUUCAGGCGAGUGACGUUUUGGCAUAAACGAUCGUUAUAUUUUAGUUUUCUCUAGCGUUACGUAAUUUAGCGAAUAAUAUAAUGUGCAAUCGUAGAUAGACGAAGAUAAUGAAAAUGUUGAAAAGUAAAAUGUUAAAUUAAAACAUUUAUAAAAAUAGUAAUUAAAUCAGUUGUACUUCGAAUAUUAUAAUUAUAUUUAUUGUAAUUAGGUUUUUUAGACUUUUAUAAUUCACACCUUUGGCUUUAGUCGAGAGCAAUGAUAAAUUAUAACAAUGGGGACUGCAAGCACAGUUAACACUGCAACAAAAAUAAUAAAAAUAUUAUGUAUCUGAUUCUAAUAAUUUAGUAUACUAUAAACGAAUUUCAGUUUGGUUUCCUUACUAAAUAGAUAAUAAUAAGCCAUUUUAGUAAUACAUGAUAUAAUCUUAAAUUAAAUUGUGUAAUUAAAAAUGCAUGAUGUUUGCUGAUGAUAAAAACCGACAUAAGUUUAUGUUACUAUAAUUAACUAGCAGUCUAUUUUGUAUAAGUAUUGUAAAUAUAUUAUAAUAUAAUAGUCAAAGUUAAAUUUUGGUAAAGUUUGCAGUCACUAGCAUACAUCUUAAUCACAUUUUAAAAAUCUUCAAAGUUUAUUAACAUAAUAUUAACUGAGAAAAAUACACUUCUUCAAAUCAUAUUAUGCAAGCAGGUAAAAUUUUAUAAAAUAACAAAAUAUCCUAUACUUUACGGUUGCGGAUUUCUAUGCA